UAGGUUUCGGCACGCCAUUGUGGUAAAUAGUUACAUUCAAAUUGCCUGACUCCUCGGUCUGAACAAGCUGUCCUAGUUGAGUUAUCCUGAGUAUAAUAACUACCGAAAAACAAUGGCUACGGACUCCUGGGCGCAGGCGGUGGACGAACAAGAAGCAGCGGCGGAAUCGAUCGGGAGCCUCCAAAUAAAAGAGAAACCAGAGGAGAAUGGUACCGCUGCAAAUACAACAGACUCUAGCAGUGCGUCUGCAAAGUCAGAAGCGGAAGGAGAGAACAAGACUGCAGAGGAAGAUGACAAUGAUGACAAAGCAGCGCAGUCAUUGCUGAACAAGUUGAUACGGAAUAAUCUUGUCAAUACCACUAAUCAAGUGGAAGUUCUUCAAAAGGAUCCCAACUCUCCGCUCUACUCUGUCAAGUCCUUUGAGGAGUUGCGACUGAAACCACAGCUGCUUCAGGGCGUGUACGGCAUGGGUUUCAACCGGCCAUCCAAAAUCCAGGAGACUGCCUUACCUAUGAUGUUAGCUGAACCUCCACAGAAUCUGAUUGCCCAGUCGCAGUCAGGAACAGGGAAAACCGCCGCCUUUGUCUUGGCCAUGCUCAGCCAUGUAGAUCCUAUGAACAGAUACCCGCAGUGCCUGUGUGUGUCACCCACCUACGAACUGGCACUUCAGACUGGCAAGGUAAUCGAGCAGAUGGGCAAACACUAUCCUGAGGUCCAGUUAGUCUACGCCAUCAGGGGAAAUAAGCUGCAGAGGGGCAUGAAGCUGCAGGAACAGAUAGUUAUUGGUACACCUGGUACCAUGCUGGACUGGUGCGGGAAGUUCAAGUUCAUAGACCCCAAGAAGAUCAGGGUGUUUGUGCUGGACGAGGCUGACGUCAUGAUCGCAACGCAGGGUCACCAGGACCAGAGUAUCCGCAUCCAGAGGAUGCUGCCCAAAAACUGCCAGAUGUUGCUGUUUUCAGCCACAUUUGAAGAGUCGGUGUGGAACUUCGCCAAGCGCAUCGUGCCUGACCCCAACAUCAUCAAACUGAAAAGAGAGGAGGAGACGCUGGAUACUAUCAAACAGUACUAUGUGUUGUGCAACAGCAGGGAGGAGAAGUUCCAGGCCUUGUGUAACAUCUACGGAGCCAUCACCAUUGCCCAGGCCAUGAUUUUCUGCCAUACAAGGAAAACUGCAGGCUGGCUGGCAGGGGAGCUUUCCAGGGAGGGCCACCAGGUGGCACUGCUCAGUGGCGAGAUGCAGGUCGAGCAGAGGGCUGCAGUCAUUGAACGCUUCAGAGAUGGCAAGGAGAAGGUCCUGGUCACCACAAAUGUUUGUGCACGAGGCAUUGAUGUGGAGCAGGUGUCCGUGGUGAUCAACUUUGACUUGCCAAUAGACAAGGAUGGUAACCCAGACAACGAGACAUACCUGCACAGGAUUGGCCGCACAGGUCGAUUUGGCAAGAGGGGACUGGCCAUCAACAUGGUGGACAGCAGAAUGAGCAUGAACAUCCUCAACAGGAUCCAGGAGCAUUUCAAUAAAAAAAUUGAAAAAUUAGACACAGAUGAUCUGGAUGAAAUCGAGAAAAUCGCCAGCUAAGGAGAACUGCGUGAUGGCACGGAGGACUCCGACCUGACUUCCCUUCCCCCUUCCACGCUCUCCAAGGACUGUACGCUCCUACAGUGUUUUAAUGCUUUUAUUUUUUUUAGCCAUCGGAGAAAAGAGCAAAACCACAAACAGCAUAUGUUUACACGUAGAUACGUCUUCUCUCAGACAAGUGUUUUGUAAGUCUCUGGAACAUACCCUAAUUCACUCUUUGUACUUCUUUGAAUAAAGUCUAUGAGUUUAUUGCUGUGUAUCAUGAUGCGGCAAAAGCAGGAGGCAUAGUCGACUCUCUUUUUACCAAACACAUGGAUUAAAAAAAACACUCUUUGGUGUUGGCUGUAAUGGGAGCAUGAUACAAGCUAUUUUGUCUAGAGAUUCACAAAAAUCUGAUAAAAAAACAAACAUUUUAUGUGCCACAAGGUUUAUAAAGUUAAUAAGAAAAUGAACAAAUUAAAACAAUGUAAUUGUAUCAUGUUGACUAUUACAGUAUUUAUUGUGCCACAAAAACACAGUACAAAGGGUGAAGUUGGGUAUGCUGCUCCGAGUGGUACUUUAAUCAUUAAGAUUAUGUUUUUGAGAUGGUGAUGGUUGGGUUUCAAGGGUCUAUGCAAACUUAUCAACCUGCGAUAGCUAUUAUCAAAUACUAUCAACGUGUAUUUACAUGACAGAAAUUAAUUCUGAAUUAACCUCAGCUUUUAGCAUCAGGGUGUGUAGUAAAAUGUCAAAAAGGCUCAGUGAUACUAACUCCAAAUCAUGAACAUUUUAGAUAUUUCUGUGUUUAGCCAGUAAUCAAUCAUCAGCCAAUCACACAUCACACAUGCAUGUUAUUUAUGUCAUUUUAAACACUAUUAUGGUCAUUAUCAGGACAGGCAUAAUCAUUAGUCUUCUUUUUCCUUCAUCUGUCUCAUAACCUAAUUUUAUUCCAAACGUCGCCAUUAAGGUCUGAUGUGAUCAUUAUCCCUUUGUGUCUCACUGUCCCACACAAUCUUAUCAAUCAGGGUCUCCAGUUUGACUUUAGCUCAGCUACAUUCUUCACCCAGACUGUGCUGUUAUCAAAGAUUGUGAGUUUAAAAAAAACAACACAAUGCCUUCCUCAAGUGCAUUAUAUAUACAUAUGAUUUUGUUAUUGAUAUUCUAAAGACAUUGGGCUUAAUAUUCUGACUAACACUUGAAAUUUUGAUUAUAUAUUGAAAUUCAGGCGUCUUAAGGAUGUAUGAAUUAUCUUGGAACCAAAUGCUGAAUUGACUUGAGGACAAGAGGACCUAUGCCAAUCAGAUUCACUGUGUUACUACAACAUGGUCGCAUGGAUAGGAGACAUGUACUUGUGUACAUAUUUGAAAAUUUUAGGAAAAAGAAAUAGUGUGACUGAAUUAUUGUCAGUGUGUCACUUCUAAGAAGUGCAAAAACAUUCCUCAUGAGGUUCAAUUUUGACAGGAGCAGCACUUCAAAUAUGGUGGGCCUAAAUCAGUUAAGCUUUCACCAGUGGGUGACCGGACAAAAUUAAAGGAAGUGGCGUGAUGUCUGGUGUAUUUGAUCAAUGCGCUGGAACAUUAAGGGCAGUGAUUGGUUAGUCUGAACCUUCUACAAACCUCAUCUGGCUCCCACCGGCACAGAGAAGACUGUCGGUGGUUGUCCGGUUUUAAUGGACUGUUCAUGGACAACUUGCUGAAAAUCAUUCAACUCAAAGAGCAGAUGCAGCCAAAUUAGAAGCAAGUGUGUGCUGAGAAUCCACUAGCAUGGUCUGUGAAGACUUGGGUAAAAAAAAAAAAGCAGUGUAUGCAGUUUCUUUUGGACAUUUGGAUGUAUACAUUAUCAGCGAGGGUGUGUGAACUUUGUCGAUCCAUAAUGUAAUACCACUGUACAAGAGCCAUGGACACACAAAGCAGUUUUGGCUAUAGGACUUAACACUCUUCUCCACAUGUUGUAUACCUUGUUUGAUAUUUGUCAGAAACCUACAAAAACCCAGUUCAUACUUGUAUACAUAGGAAUAAUACUGCCUGACUAGGCUUAAAGCAAAUUGUCUGUUGUAACAUGAAGGUCAUGUGUAGACAAUGAUAGGCUCGAGGUGUGUGGUAUUCUGUAGCUGAGCUGCGUUCAUGGACACAGUUAUGUAUUCUUAAUAUGUUGAAUUAAAAGAACAUGUAGAUGUUCAUCUGUA